AUGGACAGGCAAACCACCGACUCAGAGAAGCAGAGAGCGGCCGAAGACCCUCCGCGGCGUUCGUGUACCCCCAUGUCAAGUUCAGAACGAGGAGGCAUGGAUGUAGCCAACCAAGACGCAAAAGCUCGUGUCGCUGACGAAUAUCCCCAUGGUGCCCGCCUGGCUGCUGUUGUAUUUUCACUCAUGCUGGGAAUGUUUUUGGUGGCACUUGAUAACACCAUCCUCGGCACGGCUAUUCCCAAAAUAACAGACGAAUUCCAUGACCUGAACAAAGUGUCGUGGUACGGGUCAGCCUAUUUGAUGACGUUUGGCUGUGGCUUCCAAUCAACAUGGGGAAAGUUUUACAAGUACUUCCCGAUCAAGCUUUGGUUUCUCGUUGCCGUAUUCAUUUUUGAAGUGGGCAGCCUCAUUUGCGCCGUGGCUCAUGACCCAACAACUCUCAUAGUCGGCCGGGCUAUCGCUGGGUUUGGCGGAUCCGGAGUUGGCGUGGGAAUUUUUACAAUUAUCGGGUUCGCUGCACCUCCUGAGAAUCGUCCGCAACUUUUGGGCUUUACCGGAGCAACCUAUGGCGUCGCCGCGGUCUUGGGACCACUAAUCGGGGGCGCUUUCACUGACAAAGUGUCAUGGCGAUGGUGCUUCUACAUAAAUCUGCCCAUCGGGGGAGUAGCUGCCGGAACGAUCUUCUUGCUGUUCAAGCCCCCAAGUAGCGCAGCCCCGGCAAAGGCUACACCCAAAGAGAAGUUCUUGCAAAUGGACCUCGUCGGUGCAACCCUUAUGAUGGGAUUGAUUGUUUCAUAUAUCCUGGCGCUGCAGUAUGGCGGCCAGACACAUUCCUGGAAGAGCAGCGAGGUUAUUGGACUGCUGGUCGGCUUCUUUUCGUUCGUUCUGGCCUUUGUGGCCUGGGAAAUCUACCAGAAGGAACGCGCAAUGAUUGUUCCACGGCUGUUUAUGAAACGCUACAUUUCGGUGGGCACCAUGUACAUGUUCUUCUUUAGUGGGGCUUACUUCAUUGUCCUUUACUACCUUCCGAUCUAUUUCCAGAGCGUUUACAACAGCAGUCCAAUCGGAUCUGGUGUCAAAAUGCUCGCACUCAUCAUCCCGUUAACCCUCGCUGCCAUCGUACAGGGCUACGCGCUAUCCAAAAUCCGCGUCGUACCUCUGUUCUGGAUCAUAGGUGGCGCUUUGGGAACCAUCGGCUGUGGCCUAUUCUAUACCUUUGAUACCGAAACGUCUGUUGGCAAGUGGAUUGGGUAUCAGAUUAUUGUUGGCCUCAGCACGGGUUGGACAUUCCAGAUUGCAAUGUCAAACGCGCAAGUCCAUGCUUCACCAGAGGACAUGUCACAGGCCACAGCUAUCGUCAAUUUCUCCACGACCGUGGGCGGAGCUUUCUUUCUCUCAGCAGCACAAUGCGCCUUCAGCAAUCAGCUGAUUAAAACCAUUACCACAAAACUCCACGAGAUCGACCCGGCGGUGGCUAUUUCGACCGGUGCAACUCAAAUUCGCGAAGCAUUCACGGCCUCGCAAGUUCCCGUCAUUGUCGAUGCCUACAUGAUUGGUUUAAAAGCUGUCUUUGCGAUUACAAUUGCCGCCUUUGGUGUCUCCACUGUCAUUGGCUUCUUUGGCAGCUGGGAGAAGCUGCACACUGAUGAGCUGAAGAAAGCGACUGGUGGCGCUGCAUGA